GAGAGAGAGAGAGAGAGAGGAACAGGUCGUCUGUGUCAGGUCAGCUGGUUAAUUUGCAUGUAGGUGUUGAAUUGUUAGUUGUGUAGAGCAAGUGCUGGUGUUUAGAUCAUACUGGAGUCUCAUGAUGACGAGCUGACGGGGAAAUCUACUUCAGUUACAGCACAGGCGUAAAAGACUUCAUAUUCCCAUAUAGCAACGUGUCAACUGCUCAUAAUGAGUCUCCGGACACAACUCCGACUGUUACUGUGGAAGAACUUUACUCUACGGAGGAGACAGAAGGUGCGUUUGCUGGUGGAGUUGCUUUGGCCUCUGUUCCUGUUCUUCAUUCUCGUGGCGGUCAGAUCCACCAAUAAUCCUGUUUAUAAAAGCCAGUGCCACUACCCAAAUAAGCCCCUCCCAUCGGCAGGUGUGUUGCCAUGGCUACAGGGCAUGCUGUGUAACAUGCAGAACCCGUGUGUGAGUUUCCCCACACCUGGCGAAGCACCUGGACAGGUGAACAACUUCGACAACUCCACAGUCACAAAGGUUUUGGUUGAAGUGCAGUCGCUCCUGGCGGAUCCCUCUCUCUUCAGCAACGUCAGACGGAUCUCUGAGGAUAUCGGACGAUGGACGUCUGUCCUGCAGAAUGCAAACCCGGCCGCAGGUCAGUCGAUUCCUCUUCACAGUUUGCUGAGAACCAACGAGACGUUCUCUGAUUAUCUGACCAAAAGCCUCUCGGUGCCAAACACAACCGUCACGAGGCUGAUGAGGACGAAAGUUCGCCUCGGACAGCUGCCUUCACUGUCAGCUGAUGGAGAUCUGCGCUCGCUUCUCUGCGGCCCUUCGGUCAGUCACAUCCUGGACUUUAACUCAACCAAUCAGAAAGAGGAGUUUCAGAACAUCACAUGCUCCCUGACAGCCAAUCAGCUGCUUCAAGCCAGACGCGUCUUCCUGCAGAAUCUGGACAACAUGAAACUCCUGAAUGCACUUCCGUCAGCUCUGGCUCUGGACCGGCUGCAGGUGGGCGCUCUGAUGGGUCAAACCAGCGCCCACAUCGCUCCGCUCAUGACCGGGAUGUCUAACUUUAAGUCUUCAGUGCUGCUGAGUGCAGUAGAAACGUUGGACUUCAGGUCAGAUCCGUUCGGGAGCCUCUCUCAGCUGAUGUGUGGAGCAGAAUCUAACUCGACGAGCAGAGCUGCUGUGAGAACAGUGUCAAAUCAACAAAACACAAGCACCGCAACAACCAACAACAACCCCACAACCAGCACCAACACCAGUGACUUCUGUAAGAACCUGACGGACACGCUGGAGAGCACCUCCAGUCUGCGUCUGAUCUGGAGGACCUUCCGGCCGUUCCUGCAGGGAAAGAUCCUCUACGCUCCUGACACUAAUGUCACGCGCAGCAUCAUCACAGAGGCCAACCGCACAUUUGAUGCGCUGGCUAAAGUGGGAGACCUGGCAGACGCCUGGCUGGAGAAUGAAGACGUACUCUGGGAUUUCUUCAACAACGGCACACAGAUCAACACUCUGAGGACUCUUCUGAAGAACCCUGUGCUUGCAGCAGUUCUGGACCAGCAGCUGGAGGACUCCGGUCUGUCCUCGGCGAUCAUCAGCAGCUUCCUGUUUAACGGUCCCGAGUCUGAGCGUCCGGCCGGGAUGAAAGCCUUCGACUGGCGUAACGUCUUCAACGCCACCAGCAGCGCAGCGCAGCAGAUCACUCAGAUCCUCACGUGUUUUGAUCUGGACAAGUUUAAAGGAGUCAGCAGCGAGGCUGUGCUGGUUGAGCAGUCUUUAAAGCUCCUGAGUCAGGACCGCUUCUGGGCCGGUCUGGUCUUCACAGAUCUGGACCCCAGUGACCCGAGGACCCCUCCACACAUCAAAUACAAGAUCCGCAUGGACAUCGGGGACACCGAGAGGACGAACAAGAUCAAGGAGAGGUCCUGGUCCCCGAUGGCCCGGGACAACCCGUUUAAUGACCUGCACUACGUGAGCGGAGGCUUCGUGUACCUGCAGGACAUGGUGGAUCGAGGAAUCAUUAAAGUGCAGACGGGAGUCAGUCAGCCGCUCGGCGUCUACGCACAGCAGAUGCCUUACCCGUGUUACGUGGACGACGCCUUCGUUUCGUCCAUUGGCACCAUACUGCCCAUGUUCCUGGUGCUGGCGUUCAUCUACACGGCUAGCGAGACUAUCAAAGGCCUGGUUCUGGAGAAGGAGCUCCGUCUGAAGGAGGUUCUGCGGAUUGUUGGGGUUCGAAACACUUCCAUGUGGUCCUGCUGGUUUAUAGAGAACAUGGUUCUGCUGACUAUUCCCUGUGCUUUGAUCUCAGUCAUGGUGAAGUAUGGAAAGGUUCUGCGAUACAGCGACCCGUCUGUGAUCUUUGUCUUCCUCCUGGUCUUCUGCAUGGCCACUGUCAUGCAGUGCUUUUUCAUCAGUGUGUUUUUCUCUCGGGCGAAUCUGGCAGCCGCCUGUGGGAGCCUCAUUUACUUCCUGCUCUACCUGCCUCAUGUGCUUUGCUAUGCCUGGAGGGACGUCCUGGGAUUCGGCACCAAGAUCGCCACGAGCCUGCUGUCGUGUGUGGCCUUCGGAUACGGCUGUGAGAAUUUCUCCCGUUAUGAAGAGCAGGGCAUCGGCAUUCAGUGGAGCAACAUCCGGGUCAGUCCGCAGGAGAACGACCGCUACUCCUUCAUCGUCUCCAUCGUCAUGAUGCUGUUCGACGCCUUCAUUUACUGGAUCCUCACCUGGUACAUCGAGAACGUCUAUCCUGGUCAGUAUGGCAUCCCGAAGCCCUGGUAUUUUCCCUUCACAUCCUCAUACUGGUGCGGGACCCCGGUGGGAUCUGAUGCCCAUCCCGACCUGCUUCAUGAGCUGGAGAAUCAGAGCGGUUACCUGGAAAAACCUCCGCCUGGGAUGAAGCCCGGAGUUUGUAUCCGAAACCUGGUGAAGGUCUAUAAGACGGGAAAUAAACUGGCCGUGGACGGACUCAGUCUGGACUUCUAUCAGGAUCACAUCACCUCGUUUUUAGGACACAACGGAGCUGGAAAAACCACCACCAUGUCGAUACUGACGGGUCUUUUCGCUCCCACCUCGGGUACGGCUUACAUUAACGGCUACGACAUCCGCUCCGACAUGGACACCAUCAGGACUCACCUGGGAAUGUGUCCACAACACAACGUCCUCUUCAACGAUCUGACAGUGGAAGAGCACAUUUACUUCUACGCUCGUUUGAAGGGUCGGAGCUCUAAAGAGGUGAAGAAAGAGAUUGAUCAGAUGAUUCGAGAUGUGGGUCUGCCUCACAAACGCAAAGACCUCGUCAAGAACCUCUCAGGUGGGAUGCAGAGGAAGCUGUCGGUCGCCAUCGCCUUCGUGGGAGGAUCCAAUGUUGUGAUUCUGGACGAGCCGACAGCGGGAGUCGAUCCUUAUGCACGCAGAGGCAUCUGGGAGCUGCUGCUCAAAUACAAAACAGGUCGUACCAUCAUCCUGUCGACGCAUCACAUGGAUGAAGCGGAUAUUCUGGGUGAUCGUAUUGCCAUCAUCUCGCACGGCCGCGUCUGCUGCUGCGGCUCCUCGCUCUUCCUCAAGAAGACGUACGGUAGAGGCUAUUACCUGACGCUCGCGCGGGCCAAUCAGGAUCGAGUCAUGGCACAACGAGCCCCGUUGAUUAAAGAGUGUGAUAAGUCCAGUGUGGACGAGGGCAUCGGCAGUGAGAGCAUCAGCAGUCUGGAUCCACCAGACGUGGCCGAUCUGAGUCGACUGGUGCGGCGGCACAUGCCAGAGGCUGAGUUUCUGGAGGUCAUAGGUCAGGAGCUGGUGUAUGUGCUGCCAUAUACAGGUGUCACGAACGGCAGCUUCGCUUCCCUCUUUAAAGAGCUGGAUCUGGAGAAGAGCGCUCUGGGCGUCACCAGCUAUGGGAUAUCAGACACCAGUCUGGAGGAGAUUUUUCUGAAGGUGGCUAAAGACACGGGUGUGGACGUGGAAUCCCAUGAUAAGAAAGAAUCUCCUAAACAAAAGCGCAGAAGCAGCUCAAGGAUAUCAGGAAUACAGAACAUCAGCUCAGCACUGGAAGGCAAAGAUGCAAACGCUGUGAAAAAUGAUGCGAAGGUUAGAUUCACUAGUCGUGUGGAGGACACCCAGCGGCCCAUGCGUGCGAAUGGCAAAGGGUCGUACAUCAUCACGGGUUGGUCACUGAUCAAACAGCAGUUUUUAGCUCUUUUUAUCAAACGUUUCCAUCAUGCCCGCAGAAGCCGGAGGGGAAUCAUCGCUCAGAUUGUGAUGCCGGCGUUCUUCGUGUGUCUGGCUCUCAUCUUCUCUCUGAUUGUUCCUCCGUUUGUUGAAUAUCCCAGUCUGGAGCUUCAGCCCUGGAUGUAUGGAGCACCACAGAAUACCUUCUAUAGUUUUGAUGAUCCUGCUGUAGAUCAGGUGGAGAGAGUGACGAAUGCUCUGCUCAGUUCACCAGGAUUUGGGACGCGCUGCAUGAGCACCAACCCCAUACCUAAGUUGCCGUGUAACCCAGAGGGAGGCACUGAUUGGUUCACUCCGGCGGUGACUCCGUCCCUCAGUGAGAUCUUUGAGAAGGGAAACUGGAGCAUGGAGAACCCGUCGCCAGACUGCCAGUGUGGCACACCGCAGCGCAGCAUCAUGCUCCCCGACUGCCCGCUCGGAGCCGGCGGUUUACCACCACCACAGAGAACUCAGAACACCACAGACACCCUGCAGAACCUCACGGCGCGAAACAUGACCGACUUCCUGCUCAAGAACUACCAGAAAUCAGGAAAGAUACGGUACGGCGGGAUCUCAGUGGGUGGCGUGAACUCGCAGGUCAAACUCAAUGAAUCUGACAUCACAGCAGUGAUCGACAACUUCAGAUCAAUGCUCAACAUCUCGCAGUUUAAUCAGAAUGAGCACAUUUUCCAGGCCAUUCAGUUGUUCCUGGUAGAGUUGGGCACCAGAGACAAUCUGAAGGUGUGGUUCUAUAAUCAGGGUUGGCAUUCGCUCGUGUCGUUCCUGAACGUGGCCAGUAACGGCAUUCUGAGAGGAAAUCUGCCGGCAGGACGACGAGAGCAAGAGUUCGGCAUCACCACAUACAACCACCCACUGAACCUCACCAAAGAACAGCUCUCGUUUGUAGCGCUGGCGACGACUUCUACAGAUGUGGUGGUGUCGAUCUGCGUGAUCUUCGCCAUGUCCUUCAUCCCAGCCAGCUUCGUCCUCUUCCUCAUCCAGGAGCGCGUCAGUAAAGCCAAGCACCUGCAGUUCGUGAGCGGUGUCAACCCCACCGUCUACUGGCUGGCCAACUUCGCCUGGGACAUGUGUAAUUAUAUCGUGCCGUGCAUCAUCGUCAUCAUCAUCUUCCUGUGUUUCCAAACAAAAUCAUACGUCUCUCCACCGAACCUGCCUGCCCUCAUCCUUCUGCUGGUGCUGUAUGGGUGGUCCAUCACUCCGACGAUGUAUCCCGCCUCCUUCCUGUUCAGUGUUCCCAGCACAGCGUAUGUGGUUCUGACCUGCAUCAACCUCUUCAUCGGCAUCAACGGCAGCGUGGCCACGUUUGUCAUGGAGCUCUUCGACGACCCGAACAUAACCCGUAUCAAUGACAUAGUCAAACAGGUGCUGCUGGUGUUCCCUCAUUUCUGUUUGGGAAGAGGCUUGAUGGACAUGGCCAAAAACCAGGCCAUUGCCACUCUCUACCAAAACCUGGGUGAAGACCGCUUUGAAAAUCCUCUCAGCUGGAACAUGGUGGGCAAGAAUCUGUUUGCCAUGUCCAUCCAGGGGGCCGUCAUGUUCAGCGUGACACUGCUCAUCCAGUACAAGUUCUUCUGCAAACCCAGGUCGAUGAAGUCACUACCACCAUCUUCAGGGAAAGAGGAUGAAGACGUGGCUCUUGAGCGUGAACGUGUGCAGAGGGGCGGAGCUCAGAACGACCUGCUCCAGAUCUGUGACCUCACUAAGAUGUAUCGUAAGAAGAAGACUCCAGCCGUGGAUAAAGUCUGCGUGGGUGUUCCUGCUGCAGAGUGCUUUGGUUUGCUUGGGAUCAAUGGAGCAGGUAAAACUACGACUUUUAAAAUGCUGACGGGAGACAUCAGCCCGACGUCAGGAGACGCUUUCCUGAACGGAUACAGCAUCCGCACUGACAUGCAGUUAGUGCAGCAGAACAUGGGUUACUGUCCGCAGUUCGAUGCGAUCGAUGAGCUUCUGACGGGACGAGAACAUCUGGAGUUCUACGCGCGACUCCGCGGGGUUCCCGAAAAAGAGGUUUCCAUGGUGGCUGAAUGGGGCGUUCAGAAGCUGGGUCUCGUCAAAUACUCAGAGAAAUCAGCAGGAACUUACAGCGGCGGCAACAAGCGCAAACUCUCCACCGCCAUUGCUCUGAUCGGCUGCCCUCCUCUGGUCUUCCUCGACGAGCCCACCACCGGUAUGGACCCCAAGGCCCGCCGUUUUCUGUGGGACUGUAUCCUCAGCGUGAUUAAAGAGGGCAGAUCUGUGAUACUCACCUCACACAGCAUGGAGGAGUGUGAAGCACUCUGCACCCGCAUGGCCAUCAUGGUGAACGGACAGUUCAAAUGCCUGGGCAGCAUCCAGCACCUGAAGAGCAGGUUCGGGGAAGGAUACACACUGAUCAUACGCGUGAGUGCAGCUCAGGCCGAUCUGUGCACAGUGGAGACUUUUGUCCGUGACACAUUUCCCGGCAGCACUUUGAAAGAGAAACAUCACAACACUCUGCAGUACCAGAUCCCACAGGGAGAGGGAGCCCUCGCACACAUCUUCAGCCAACUGAGCAAACACCAGCAGCAGCUGCAUGUGGAGGAUUACUCUGUGUCCCAGACCACGCUAGACCAGGUUUUUGUGAGUUUCGCGCGGCAGCAGUGUGAUGAAGAGGACGGAGCGUUUGAGAACGACGUGAAUCUGAAUGAUGAAAUCCAAACAUCAGCGACAUGAAUCAAACAUCAGUCAGCAGAAACCAGGCACUUUACUACAGUUAUUUAUUUAUUUGACAUCUAAAUCUCCAUGUAUUGUAGGCCACCAAGAUUUGAAGAUGCAAAACGUCCAACCAAGAACAGAGAGAAACCCUUCGGGAAAACUCAGGAGCGUUUUUAUACAAAGCUGUGCAACAUUAUAUAUUUUUAAUGUCUUAUGUCUGUACACUUUAUAUUUUUGCCAAAUGCAAAGAGAUUAUACAUUUAAAUUUGCAUUGUGUAUUGCAACAAAUAACUGAAAGACUAAUGCACACUUUAUUUUUGGAAUAUUUAGAGUUUAUUUUUGAGUUCAUAUCAAAGAACAGAAAUAAAUUUCAGCUUUAUUGUCACUUUAUUUUCUAGUUGUCACUUAAACUUAUUGAAAGAUCACAUGCAUUGAUUUUUGCUUAUGAAUCUCAGGUCUAAAAUGUCAUGCACUUUAAAGCAGCGUCCCCCAACCUUUACUGUCAUACAUACCUGUACUACAACACCAAUAAACCUGAAGCAUAACACUUUAUAAUAAUUUACAAUUUAAUUUAAAUGUUAUGUACUGCAUUAUAAUCAUUAGUUAAUUUAUAUUUACAUAGCUAGAAAUUUGAGAUUUUGUUCUCGUGUAUGCUUCCUAAUGAAUUAACUAAACAUUACCCAAUGAUUAACAUAUAUGAUUAUGUAAUGUAAAUUGAAAUGCUUACAAACGUCAGUAAAAGUUCAUGUGAUCUUCAAUUGU